CCACAACAGAGAUGUGACGGUUUGGGAUAUCUUGUCCGUGAGUCACACCCCCCUUUUAUCCACACUGACGUUACGUGGGAGGAUAUUUCUACCCAUUCUUUUCCUGCUGACAGGGAUUUCUGACAAAGUCUUUCUCUUUUUUCGUGAUUUUUGAGGGUGAUAAGACGUGAUCAAUUCUAAAACGAAUCUCACUUUUUUUAAUUGAAAAUGAGUUACCAUGAAUGGAGCGAUGGUGAUCCUGGUAUAGUGGUGUCCAGAUGGCCUGCUCAUAAGACAAUCCUGAUUCCUAAAACUGAGCAGGGAUACGGCUUCACCCUCAGACAUUUUAUCUUCUAUCCCUCCAGCACUGCCACACAGGAUCAGAAUACAGAAAGAGAAAAAAAUGAAGGUACCUCUUACAAACGUCUUAGUUUCGUGGAUCCUAUGGACACAAUCUUCGUUAAAAAUGUCCGAACCUACAGCCCAGCUUACAACGCAGGUUUAAUGACUGGAGAUCGGGUGAUAACCGUGAAUGAUCAGCCCGUAUCCCAGAAGUCUUAUGCUCAAGUGAUCGGACUGAUACAGCAAAGCGAGGGCAUUCUUAAGCUAGAGGUGCUGCCAAAAGACGAAGACAGAGAGGACACGGAUCUUCUGACUUGUAAAAGUCCAGAACAAGCCCAGCAGGCAGAACUGUGUCAAAAUCAAACGGAUCAUUUUACCGAGUCCAGAACAACACCAUUCAGGAAAUUUAUUUCAAGUGAUGAUUUGCGUGAAAGACCAAGGUCUCUUCUAGCCCGAGAGGAAAUCGCUCCAAAAUCGGAGGAUAGGAUUCUUGUUAAAAGCAUGGAUCCCCCAAGUAAACUAAAGACCUCGACUUCUUACACUUCAGGACUCAGUGUUUUUCGUGAGCCUUGGAAUUCCUCGGGGGGUGGUAUAAGGGAAUCCCCCUCCCGUGAGUUUUCAGAGAGGAGGAUGGAUUUCGAGACAAGAGCGAAGGAGAAUCAGGAGAUUCCCCCGAAUAAAGCGUAUUCUUUUGGAUUAUUUUACAACGAUAAAACCCGAUCAGCAAGUGAUUUGACAACGGCUGUGCCGCGUCGUCAAGAACAUGUGCUUCAUCCCACGGAUUCUCAGGAGAAUAUUUCCAAAUCGAAUGUUAGUCAGAGUAGAGUGAUUCCCCUUGAGAAUAGACAUACAAGGGAGAUUACUCAGGACAAAACAGGGUAUACCUCUUCACGUCAUAGUUUUCCAGACUCUAAUUUGAGUCGAACAUCUUCAUCUAUGUCAUCAGGAAUACAAAACACAUCGAAUACUAAGUCUGAAUACCACACAACAACAAGGCAGUAUAUCCCAGUGGUUUCAGCUCAACCCUCUGUGUUGCCACACAAAAUGUCGGCAAGUGUCGACAGUUUAGACUCAAGUUCUAGUUAUCACACUCCAGAGAGAAAAGUCCGAACACGGAUAUAUGAGCAACCACAGCAAGGGGGAGGAAGGACAUUUAUUGUGAAAAUCGGAGACAGACAUUAUGAAGGGGGAGUCAGUCAGGGGAAUGCACAAAGUGACCUGACGGGAAAUGCUGCCAAACAGGUUCCUCGGUAUGGCACAGCCUUUGCAUUGACCAGAUCCCCAAUGUCUGGCGGUGUCGAACAAGGAAGAGUAGUAUCCCAGAAGAAAUUCAUGUUCGAAAAUGGCAAAAGUGAUCAGAUUCCGGCAAAACCAGCCGUGGAUCGUUACAAAACGGAAAUUGAUAAGAUUACAUCUCACGGAAAAUUCAGCAGCGUUGCCACCAGGGUACAGAGUUUUGAAAAGGAUGAUACACCACCGAGUUCAAAUAUUCGAAUCCGUAGGCGCUCAUCACAAGAACGGUGUGUUUCCAUGCCACCUGAAUCUUCAGUCCAAUCAAAUCAUCCCUCUCAACAGCCAUAUCAAGAAUCUGCACCAAUCAGAAUUUAUGUCUCACAAGGGUCAGGGAAUGCUUCGGGCUCACCUAUAGUUGAAAUAGUUCCUAUGUACCCAAACAGUGGCAAGAAAACGGUGACCUCCCCAAAGGAAGUGACAUCACAGCCCGUCAUUCAUAUCAAGCAAUCGGAUGACGUUGACGGCGCAGCACUGAGUCGACAUAAGGAAGAAGAAGACGUCAGCCAUUCUUCUAAACCUGUCCGAAAACCCUCCUUUUUAGCUGCUAUCAAUGGAUCUCAACAGAGGUAUUCUGGGACGCGGUCCAGCUCGGAGCAUCUGUCGAGUCCAGAGCCCUCAAAUGUCAAUCAUUCCAGCCCCCCCUGGGGAAGUCCUCUCCCCUCUAGCUCUUUCUCCUCAGAACCAGUUCUGCCUGUGUCUACCUCAGAUGACCUUCUCCUUCCAAAUACACCAAUCAAAGACGUUAACUCCACCGUGGUACUACGACGCAAAUCAGAAACAUCUCCUGAAGAUGAGGCAAUCAAAUUGCAGAGACGGACAUCGUAUCUCAUGGCAACAGCCAAGGACAGGGACUCACACAAAUUGUCAUUGGACAAGACUCACUCUCCCAGCCAAUCACAGACAGAGAUACAUGUUCAGAUUACCCCUCAAAAGCCCUCCAUGAGGAAACUAAAGUCUUUCUUUGGGGAAAAAACACCUCGGAUUAUUGAGGCCACAGAGAGGAGACAAGAUCCUGCUAGUCCCCUUCAGGUCGUCACAAAAAGUGGUUCCCUCUUCUGUAAGACAGACGUAACGGACGGCAAGAAAGCCAGUGACAGGUCUUGGAAGCCAGUGUGGGUGGAGCUUAGAGGUCAUGCCCUCUACAUCUCAAAGGAAAACAAGGAGAAAAAAGAUCCUGCUGUGAUUCACACCUUCAAUUUUGAUGACCAGCCAAUUUCUAUCAAAUCCUGCUUGGUGGACAUAGCACAUGAUUACACGAAGAAGAAGAAUGUGUUUCGGUUGAAGACCUUUAAUGGCUCAGAGUACCUGUUCCAGGCAGAGGAAAAUGGUGCCAUGUUGGACUGGAUCAAAGCAAUUCAGUCCAACAAUAAUCCAGAUGCAGAUGAGAGAGGGAAGAUGGAGACUGACCUGAUCCUUCGCAGCCGGAACCAAAUGGAACUUCAAUCUGCCCCCGCCCUUACUUCCCACGGAUCCACCACUUCACUAAGGACCUCCCCACAGGUGGCCCCCAAAGCCCCCAAACAGAGCAGCAAGACCAAACUGAUCAAAAUACCUCACUCUCCCAGCAUCAAGAGGAAGGGGAAAGAAUCCAAGAGUUGGGGAUUAUCCAAGUUUAAGAGUUUCCGUAAAGGCAGCAGUGUGUCUUCCCACCCUGGAGAUUCUGAAAAUAAUGAUAUGUUUGGAGUACCUCUGGAGUAUUGCAUACCUUCACCUAACAAUGAUUUUGUGCCAAUGAUUGUUGACCUUUGCACCAAAAUCGUUGAAGCACGAGGGUUAGAGGUCACUGGGGUGUACCGUGUCCCAGGUAAUACGGCUUCCGUUAAUAUGAUGAUGGAGGAACUAAAUAAGGGUAUAGAUAAUAUGAACGUGGACCACGAGAAAUGGUGCGAUGUUAACGUUAUUAGCAGUCUACUGAAAACCUUCUUCAGGAACCUCCCUGAUCCUCUCAUUACCUCAGCUCUGUACCAGGACUUUAUCGAUGCAAACAGAAUUGAGGAUCUCGAGAUGAGAAUGCUGAAACUGAAGCGACUCAUACACACUCUACCAGAGCACCAUUUUGAGACGUUCAAACAUAUCGCAGAACAUCUCAAUACGGUCGCCAGUUUUGGACAUCUAAACAAAAUGGAUGCUAGAAAUCUGGCCAUUGUAUUUGGUCCGACCUUGAUAAAAAAGAAGGAUGACGACAUGACGUCAAUUGUUAGGGAUAUGUCUGACCAGUGUAGGAUCAUAGAGAGUAUCAUACUACACAAUGACUGGUUCUUCAGUUCGUGGGACCAGGAUAGUUACGUCCCCGUAGAGGAGGGACGAGAGGAUGACGAGGCCCCCUCCAAUCCCUCCGUCUCCAAAAUGAGCUGCGAUGAAGACGAUAACACCAUAAACCCACGGGAUAUUGUUUCCUCAAUAGUGCAAGCAGCCAAUCAGAAAAUGCGUAAGAAAUCCGCUCCUGCACUAGGGGAAGAUCUCAAUGCAAGUCUAACGGAUGGGGGAUUCCGAGAGAGAAACAUUGACUUAGAAAUCAAACACAGAAAAAUGAAAUCGCAGGCAGAAAUGAAGGCUAGAAGCAGUCCGAACUUACCAGCAAUGGCAGCCAGUCAUCAAGACACAAGAAUUCCAUCAUCUAACCGGUCGUCAGAUAACGUUCCGGAGCGUCGUCUGGCGAUGUCUCAGGAGGGAAUUGACUCUUCAGAGUGGGAGGACAUGCAGAGAGAGAGAACGGGAUCAAAUUUAUUUUCCAAAACCCGGCACUUCUCCUCAGACUCCCUCGACACUCGAGAGGAGAUGGAAAUGUCACAAAGUGCCAGUCCAACGUUCAGCCAUUCAACAAUCGAGGCUCUCCGAAAAAUUGAAGAAGAAGCUAGGGCUCUCAGAGAGAAAGAAGAGAGGAGACAGCAGAGAGAUCUGGAGAGGUGGAAAAUAGAGCGACAGAGACAGGAAAACAGUCGAAGGGAAAUGGAUGCAGAAAAAAGCAAAAGCAAUGAAAAUCUGUUGGACUUUCACAUCGGAUCAAUUUGGCAUUCCACAUCUGAUAUUUUUAACAAACUUGCAAGAGGUGAGUCAAAGGAAGUUCUAGAGAGGAAAUUACCUGGAGGGAAAUACGAUCGUAAUUCAACAGCUAGUGCAUCUGACAGAUCAGAAGGCUCUAGAAAGAACAGCACGGGGAGUAAUUCUGGAGGGAAAUAUUUCGUCAUUCAAAGUCUAGGUUCUAGAAAUAACAGUCGUGAUCGGCUGUCUCAAGGAAGUGCUGAGUCCCCUGUGUUUCCUAGUAAGCGAGCCGGUUCCAUGGAACGGCUUUUAGAAUCCCCAAAGAAAGAUUAUUUAUCUCCUCCACCCAGAAACUACCCAGGAGAAAAGGGACAAUCUAGACCUGCUGGAAGAGAUAAUCGAGAUCGUCGAAGCUCUCGAAAACGUCUUAGUAGAAGUGAUUCGGCAAGAAGAGGCUCUCUCGAUUCUCUGAUAAAUCUAGGUCGUCAGUGUUCUCAUAAUUCCUCAGACUCGGAUGAAGGCUCCGACCUUCUUUCUGAUCUCACAUCAACUUUUGAUCAAAAACUUCAAAUUUUAGUGAAUCCCAAAAAUGUGCUUAGUGGAAGUGGUGUUAAAAUGACUCAAGAAGUGCUGGACAAAGAAAGUGCUAUUUCAUGUCUUCCUCCCCAGAAACCAUUGGCACAAGCACAAUGCAAUAAGUUUGGUUUGUGCAGUAGUAAUGACAUGCUUGAAAAGCAAUACAGGGACCCAAGUCUGCACAGAUCACCCAAGGAUGCAAAAAUAGGAAUAGCAUAUCGAUUUGAGAGAAGUCCACUCAGUAACACAGCUACCACAAGUCAACAAGACAUUGUUGAUGGAAACAGUGAUCUAAACAAUGUAAUGUAUCCUCGCGAGGAGACGAGACCUUCAGCGACCACACUUCUACCUGUGUCUGCUCACGUACAGGAAAUCAGAACAAUCACUAGCAAUAUGUAUGGAUCCAAAGAAUUCCGUGGUAAAACAGAGAGGUCGGAGAUCAGCAUACCUCUGAACAGGCAGCAGGAGAAGGGACCCCAGUAUCAAGGUCGUUACGGAAGGUCAUCGAGUACGCCUAAAGACCUCGAGUUGGAUUUAAAUAUUUCAAGAGCUCAAAAUUCAAAGGAAAGUAACUCUCAGAAACGAGUGUUUUCACCUCCACCAGAGAGACGAAAAGAAAAACGCCAAAAGCGACGGCACACUGUGGGUGGGACAGAUGACCUGGAACACUUCAAAGCUCUGAUGACAGUCGUUAAUCCUAAGGAUGAUUGGUCUCCAAAAAUAUCUGCCUGGGAUCAACUUCAACCUGUGGUGAAGGACAUGCCUCAGGGGUCACAACGGUCCAUGUUGUCCUGGUUACAAAACGAGAGGCUGCGAGAAAGUUCACCCGAUUUAUCUGCCGAGCAGGAAUUAAGGCCAAAGUUUUAUUGAUGACACAUUAACAUGUAUAUUCAUCACAUUUCAUCUUAACCCAAUAUUACAUUAGAAGCCCUGGCUGCCUUGUUAUGUUUGUUUUCUCCAUUGUCAUAUUCAUGCUUUUGAUUAAAAGCAUGUAUACCAUGUGAUAGGCAAAUCAAAAGAAAUGAGAAUCAAACUGUUUCUUUUUAAUCACAGAAUUUUCACAUUUUUUUUUCAUCAGGUGAAAAACUUGUAGAAAGCUUUUUGUGCACCAUUUCUUUCAUUGGGGAGGGGUGGGGGCUUAAUUUCGGAACUUACUCAUUAUGUUUCUGAUUUUAAAUGCAAUAAUUAUUAAGAAAUCACACAUGAUACUUUCUUCUGCAUUUAAAAAAAAUAUAGAGUAAGAAUGUGACACAACACAAUUGGAAGUUCACGUUGCCAUUUUGGGACUACAGAAUUCGUACAAGUAUUUUUCAGCAAGACUGAAAGUUACAAAUUUUUUUUUUUUUAUAAUAGUCGGAAUAUACAGGUGUGCAGGUCACAUGUUUCUGCUAUACGAGUUAUGUACGCACAAACUGAGAUUAUGUUACUAUUGUUUAUAUUUAAACAAGAAUUUUAUAACCAAGGGUCUUACUGCAACAUGAAGCUUCCAUUGGUAAUGAUGUCCAAGAUAUUAUAAAGUCUCCAAAGUGAAGACGCUUUUUAAAUGUUUUUUUUUUUUAAAUUUUUUUUUUAUAAUGUACAUACAUGCAAGUUAAAAUAGUACAAAGGGAAGUAACCUGACAAAUUCUUGACAAAGUUCAUCUUGGCUGAUUUUAUACACCCAGUGCUAGAAAAGUCUUAUUUUAUAAAGAAGAAUCAAUGGUUGAAAUAUUUGUAUUCAGAGAACUUGUACUCUGAGCAGCCUAGCAGGUGCUUUUAAGCUCUUUUUUUUUUUUAUCACAUUGUACAUUAUGUCUAUUCAUCCAUGACAAUGUUGGAUCAGAUUUAUUUUUGUACACUUUUAUCAUGUUGUUACCCUGGCUUGUUUUGUUGACACACCACAAUGGCUGCCAACUUUUAUAGAUUGUUAUAGUUACAUGCUGUACAGUGCACACACACAAUGAAAGGAUAGUUCUAAUAUUAAAAUUUAUACAAUUUUAA